AUGUAUCGUAAUGUGCUCUGUCUAUUAUUGGGCCUAAUAGUGGGCAUACGACUGACUGAUUUCUGGGUCUAUAUCAAGUUGCCAAGCUGUGAGAAGGCCAGUCGCAGCACGGCAAGAUAUCCCAGUGCUCUCGGUGAAGAUGAUAGCGAGAAAACGGAAACAACACAGCUGUCGGUUAAAUUGUUCAACGAAACGCGUAUCUUGUGCUUUGUCUUGACAAUGCCAAAAAAUCACAAAAAGAAGGCCGCGAAAGUGAAGGCGACUUGGGGCAGGCGUUGCAAUAAGUUGCUCUUCAUGAGUACGGUAGCGGAUGAGGCGUUGGGCAUCGUGCGGCUGGAUGUGGAGGAGGGUCGCGAGAACUUAUAUCUGAAGGUGAAGGCCUCACUGGAGUAUAUCUAUGAGCGCUAUCUGGAUGACUACGAUUGGUUUCUCAAGGCAGAUGAUGAUACCUAUGUGAUCAUGGAGAAUCUGCGCAUGUUUCUAUAUCCCUACGAUGCCGAGGCUGCUGUUUACUUUGGCUGCAAAUUUCAUCCAUAUGUCACCCAAGGAUAUAUGUCCGGUGGUGCUGGCUAUGUCCUCAGUCGUGAUGCUCUGCGGCGUUACAAUCUCUUCGCCAGGAAUAAUACAAAGUUCUGUAGGGCGAAUGGAAAAUCGGAGGAUAAGGAAAUCGGCAGAUGUCUGCAAAAUGUUGGCGUCGUAGCUGGUGAUUCGCGUGAUGAGCAGGGCCGGGAGCGGUUCUUGCCCUUCUCCCCACGCCACCUGAUGCCCCAAAUGGUGCAUUCCUGGUUGGAUAAAUUUCUGUUCUAUAUGCCCAACCGCACUGAUUGCUGUGCCGACACAGCCAUUUCCUUCCAUUAUACCAAAGAUCAGGAUUAUUUUAUGUACGAAUAUGCCUUGUAUCACUUGAAAGUCUUUGGUAUUCACAGUGAUGUUACGGACUUGAGACUACCCAAGCGUCUAACCAAGACGGAAAUGGAGGAGAAAUUGCAUUUGUGGGGUCUAGCGAAAACUGAUAAUCCAGAGUCGCCUUAG